CACGUUCUGUGCGUGUCCCACGUGCAGAUGUUUACGCAUCUUUGGCAGGGCUACGUCAGCAGCAGCAGCUCGGAUGAAAACAUUGUUAUGAAGAGAAGAGUAGCGUCGGCGGUGAACGCGGGUGCAUCAGGAUGUGCGGCGAUGUUGCGCGAGAGAAUACGACAGUUUCUGGCUGGUAUCUGGUUCGCAACCCUGUAGUGCUUUCCGAACGACUCUGACGCCUGGAUCUUUCUUCCAACUGGGGAAACCAGCUUAGAUAGUGCAGUCGAAUCGAGAGGGAACGACACAUUGUGACCGCGGAGCUUUUCUCGACUCGAGUCAGUCGCCGCACAACGCGUUCCCUCCUGCGGAGCUGCAAACAGAUGCCCGCAUGUGACGAUGUGAGCGAGCGAGCGAGCGCGCGACAGACAAUGCACGCGCAGGGCCCCGGGUCCUUGCGCUCGCGGGUCAGGUACUCUCGCGGUAGCAGGUGGAGUGGAGCGGCGGCGCGGGGCGAGUUUUGGAAAAGAAAUGUCACACUUUUUGGUAAUAAGUUGAGCGGUGCGUCUGGGCGGCUGUUUUUAAGGAAGUUAUGGCCUGUCGGCUUUUGGUGGAGUUAGACUUGCCGGACAGUUUUAUUGAAGAAUUUAUCCGCGGUCAGUUAGUUGGUUAGACGACGGUCGGUUCGGUCAACUUCAAGUGUGUCGUUUUGGCGAGAACUUAAGACGAAGAAACUGAUUCUGAAGAGAAGCGCUCGGCUGUCCCGGUCCGGUCCGGUCCGGCCCGGAUAUAUAAUAAGCGUUUUAAAUUAAGCACACAGCUGACGACGACGGUGUAAAAAAAAAAAAAAAAAAAAAAAAAAUCAUCAUGUCUUUCACGAUGGAGGACACCCUGGAAUCGGGUUGGGUGGCCGUCCGGCCCAACGUCUUCGACGAAAAAGAGAAGCACAAGUUUGUCUUUAUAGUGGCGUGGAACGAGGUGGAGAGCAAGUUCGCCGUGACCUGCCACGACCGCACCGUGCAGAGACGCGCGGCCGAGGGGCUCGCGCUCUGCGGCGGGGCAGACGCCGGGCACGCGGCGGGGAGUCCGGCCAGCAGGAACGGGGAGAAUAAAAGCCCCGCUCGGGCCGAGUCUCCAGGGCGACAAGGAGCGGUGGGAGCCGUUCCAGCGGCGGCGAGCGGGGGCCUCGAGUCUUUGGAGCCCACGGCGGGGAAAGAAGAAGAAGAAGAAGAAGGAGGAGGAGGAGGAGGCGGCGACGACGACGCCGCCGCCGGAGACUCGGACGACGCGGAGCCCGCUGUUCGGGAACACUCGAGCUGGGCCGGCCUCUUCUCCUUCCAGGACAUGAGAGCCGUCCAUCAGCAGCUGUGCUCCGUCAACUCGGACCUGGAGCCGUGCCUGCCCGCCUUCCCCGAGGAGCCCUCGGCCGUGUGGACGGUGCUGUUCGGCCUCCCGCAGGUGAGCCACAGGGACGUGGACGCGCUCUGCUACCAGCUCCAGGUGUACCUGGGCCACGCGCUCGACACGUGCGGCUGGAGGAUCCUGUCCCAGGUGCUGUUCGCCGAGGGCGACGAUCCGGACGAGUACUACGAGAGCCUGAGCGAGCUGCGGCACGAGGGCUACGAGGAGGCGCUGCUGCGGGCCAAGAGGCGCCUGCACGAGCUCCUGGAGAAGCACAAGGCUACAGACAGCAUGGUGGAGUUGCUGGAGAUCUACCAGGAGGAGGAUGAGGCCUACGCAGCGCUAGUGGAGGCCACCACAGAGCUGUACCAGUACCUGCUGCAGCCCUUCAGAGAUAUGAGGGAGCUGGCCAUGCUGCGGCGGCAGCAGAUCAAGAUCUCCAUGGAGAAUGACUACCUGGGCCCCCGCAGGAUCGAGGGCCUGAAGAAAGAGGAUGCGGACUGGCAGAAGAAAGCACAUGCUGCUGUACUGUCCAUCCAGGACCUCACUGUGAAGUACUUUGAGAUUAUAGCUCGAGCACAAAAAGCGGUGUACGAGCGCAUGCGCAUGGACCAGAAGAAGUUUGGAAAGGCGGCGUGGGCUGUGGCGGUGGACCGCAUGGAGAAGCUGCAGUAUGCCGUGUCCAAAGAGUCACUGCAGCUCAUGAGGGCCAAAGAGAUCUGCCUGGAGCAGAAGAAGCACACAUUGCGGGAGGAGAUGCAGGGCCUGCAGGAUAGCAAGGAUGCAAUGGUGCGUUUGGACCAGCUCGAGGCACAGUACUACGAACUGCAGCUGCAGAUCUACGAGAUCCAAUUUGAGAUCCUCAAAUAUGAGGAGUUGCUGCUGACCGGGCAGCUGGAGAGCAUCAAGAGGCAGAUGAUUGAGCGGCAGGAUGAGGUGGUGUACUACGACACUUAUGAGAGCACCGAGGCCAUGCAGGCCACCGAAGACAUGGCCACUUCGGUGCAGCCUUGCCGUGAGGAGCUGCACAGGCUGCAUCAGAGGGUGCGGCAGCUGGAGGCCAGGAGGGGACGCAUCACAGCGAAGAAGGCCUACCUCAGAAAUAAGAAGGAAAUUUGCAUUGGUAAUCACAGUGAAAAGGUACAGCACCGCCAUGGAGCUCAGGAGGACAAGUCCCAACAUCCCCUACAGCAGAAAGAGGAGGAGAAGCCGAGCGCUCGGGUCAGUCAGGAACGACAGAUGACACUGGACAGACUGCGCAGCUUCAAGCAGCGAUACCCUGGUCAGGUGACACUGAAGUCUACGAGGCUCCGGUUGGCGAAUGCCCGAAGGAGAACUGGUGGCGCUUCUAAUACAAGUGCAGGCCCAGAUCAGCCGCAGUCACUUGUCACGCCAGACAGCGUUCCUGCUCUUGAGCUGCUGGAGCACCCUGCUGAUGCCAGCAUGGCUCUUGAACGCGAUUGCGUUUCUUUACCUCCUGGGAGCACUACCGCUCUCGAGACUAAUCUAAGCCCUCCUCCUGCUCCACCCAUCUCCCUGCCACCAGGAGGGAACCUAGCUUCUCCAGGGCCCCCACCUCCCCCGCCACCCCCUCCUCCGCCUCCGCCAAGUUCUGCUUCCACAGAGGCUCCUGCCGAGGUCAACAAGGAGCUACAUAGCCCUUUGCGGAAGUCUGAGGGAAAGGACACUCUUGAACCAAGCAUCGGCCCCAUCUCGGCACGAUUCUUUGACAGCAGCCAGCUGGUGACUGCCAGAAAGAAGCUUAAGAAGACUGCUGCACUAGAGGCCUCCCAUAAGAGGAGAGUGAGCUCACCAAUGGACGAAGUACUGGCCUCUCUCAAGCGCGGCAGCUUUCACCUGCGCAAGGCAGAGCUGCGCGUGUUGCGGCCCGACCCAGAUGAGGAUGACAGCAACAACAUCCUGGCACAGAUCCGCAAAGGCGUGAAGCUGAAGAAGGUGCAGCAGCACGAAGAGGAGCUGCGCAACACACUGGGUGACCUGCGCCACUCGACUGACCCACUUGCUCGUAGUAUCCACGAAGCUCUGCGGCGCAUCAAGGAGGCCUCGCCUGAGUCCGAGUCGGAGGACGAGGGACUGCAGUGUGCGGACUGGGAAAGCUAGGCCUCCUCCAUCACGUCUGCCAUCCAAGCCAACCUUGUGUUGUACACUGGGCCUGCUGUUUUCCCCUUUCAGUUUGGCUUUAAUAAUUUAAAAUAUGAUUUUCAGCGCCCUGCCCAAACACCCACACGGAUCAGCAAACCAUCGUUCCAUCCAGCUCAAAACUUGCUCAGUUGCGUUGAAGGCAACCAGUGGAAUGAUGUUGGGAGUACAUGCUCAAUUUUUGCAGCUCUCUGUUUCUGGAUGAAGUUUUUUUUUUUUUGGUUCCCUCCUUCCUAUGUUUAUUUGCCUGUGGAAAUCCUAUAUGCAGGCUUCAGUUGAGUGUCGCUGUUGUGGGAAUUGACAUUUCAUUGAUGAAGAGCAUCCUAGGGCUAUUCCUCUGAAAGCCCCUCCCCCUGCACUGGAUUAGUGCACUGUACUGACACGCUCAUUGGCCAUUAUCAAUGUGUUACUGUUUAUUUAUAUGCUCAGUUUGUUUGUGUGUUUGAGUAUAACAUGAAGUGUCAUGAGGUUGUAUGCUCACAAAGUUCAUGGAGACCACAGUUGCUGUCAGUGUUGUCAAAAUCUGACGUCUCUACGUUCAUUGACACAUCUGAAGUUUUUUUGACUUACUUUCUAUAUUUACAGCACAUUUUGUGACCUUCUUUGAAAACAUGCCAGUGCGUGACAUUUUUAUUUUUGUCUCGCAUUUCCAGUAUCAUCUUUUUGUCGAUGCAUCAUGAUGGGCUGAUGGCCAUUUGUAUAAAUAUCAGAGCCCAAGUUCAGAUGAGAACAUUUUUAAGUAGCAUGUGAUGUGAGAGCUGUCUUCUGUUUUCACGAGUACAAUCAUCCAUUCGACUCGGUGAAGCAGGUUUGUGUGAUUGGCUCUCUUGCCUUCUGGACGUAGUCAGCGUCGCGAAGGGGCAAAAUGUUGCGUCAUCCAACCCCCACUGCACAAGAGACACUUGUUUUCCUUCUGCCUGCCACCUCAUUGUAUAUAUUCACCCAUGUUCUGAUUUAAUUUGUCUUUCCAUCCGUUUUGUCUUGCUGAGGAUUUAAGCCCCUUGCUAGAAGUGCAGGGAGUACAGAGCACUGUAACAGUGUCCUGCCCCACACUUUAAAGUAUCAUUACCCGUUUUAGCAAUUUCCACCUUUUCUCUUCAUGAGACCUACAUAUACUUCAAGUUUCAGGUGUGAAGUCUUCAACUGUGGGACUUCUGCUUGACCUUUCCAGUAUUAAUUCUUAUUUUUCUUAUUUAAACGUUCUGCACUAAUCAGCCCUGCCAAGGCUUGUUAUCUUAUGUACUUCUACUUUAAACAAGCAAAAACGGAUGAAGCUCCGAAGGGGUCCUGUAGGAUAACAUCAGAUAUUUUCUUAAAGUAACAACUAGUGUGAUGUAAUAUUUGUAGUAAUCUUCCCUAAUAACCAGCAUAGUUUUACAAGGUUUUGCUGCCGUUUUUCCUAUACAAAGAGGUCUUUUCAAGAGGCUGCUGAUGCAUCACAUUCAGUCUCCUUACGAAAGGCGACAAAUUUGUGUUAUUUUUUUAAGCAUCAUGAUGCCAGUUUUUGAAGUCAUUCUGUCUUGAAACUAUGCUAUGGAAUACAAAGCUGAGUUGUCUCCUUGUUGGGUUGGUGUAUUUGCAUCAGUCCAAACGCACUUUGAAGCUCCUGGCCGCUGCUGUUGGAGAGGUGUGGACGUCCUGCUGAGCCCGGCACUCGCCGUCCGCUGGAGACAAGUGACUCUCGGAAAGCCAGAGCUUGGUGGUUUCGUAAUCACACUGACUCUGCUGGACUCGUACAAUAUUAUUGUGUCUGCAGUACAUGCUUUGUUGCAAUUAACUGCCUCGUUGCAGUUUGCUUGUGCACAGAGACCUGGGAUAGAGAGGAAAGAUCGAUAGGAAUGCAAUCGCUGCUAACAUCUGGAACUGCAGCGGCACAUUGAUUUAGGCAUGUUUACACUGUGAGUGAGCAGACCAGCCAGAGACAAACAGUGGUCUAAUCAAUUAGUGACACACUGCAAACUCCUGUAGCACAAACACUGACCGUCCUCUGGCGCUGGACGCCGGACUCUCGGAAACCCAGGAAACGGCGGAGCUGCGCUCUGAGGGAGCGCGGUGGCGCAACUUUGCCUGAGCCGAACGAGCAGCAUUUCUUGGCCUACAGUAGGACGAGUGUGAACAGGGGUGUGUCGACUGGCUUUCUUCUCGUAACGGUGAGGCUUUUCGAUUUAUGCUUUCGAGUGCUCGUGUGACUUGGUGGCUCGUUUUGUUGCGACCGUGUGCUGUCGUAUCCACUUGCACAGCAUGCGUUUUGGACACCCUUGCUUAUCCAUGUGACUGACACGGAGGAUCCUGGGUAGUCCAGCUGCCCCCUUAGGCAGUUAGUGAUUCUGUCUUGCUUUCCUGAAGUGAUGUGGGACAGUCUUAUCUAAAAUGUCUACUGUCAUAUACAGCUGCAGUGCCACCUACUGACAACAUUACAUAUAUAUACUGUAUAUGGGGUUUUUUUUUUUCCCCCCCUCCCCUUUUUCU